CAACGCCCUCGUAGAAGCCGUAUUCACCCUACCCUGCACAGCAUACAAUACUUGCACCAUUCGUCAUCGUCUCCUUUCUUGAAGUUGCCUUUACGUCAACGGCACUACCUGGUUACUCCUAACCUGGACCACGCUGAACAACAUUAAGCAUACAUCGUUCUUGUAAUCACCAUCAUCGUCACCACCGUCGUCACCUUCCAACUGCCGUGCUGCUUCGAGCGCAUUCACCUAGCACAAUGCCUGCCCACGCGACUGCGAGCUCCAGCGCGAGCCCUUCUACCAGCCUGUCCUCAUUUGGCAGCAGGCGCUCCUUCAGCAAUGCACACAGCAUAAAAAAUGACCGCACCCGUUCGCAUGUAUGUCUCACCUGCGGUAUGUCCUUCAACCGCCUAUUGCAUCUCCAGCGCCACGAAUACAGACACAGCGACUCUCGCCCAUUCGUCUGCACUCAAUGCCCCAAGAGCUUCACACGCCAAGACUCCCUCGUGAGACACUCCCGGUUACAUAUGAGGGGACUGGGGGGAAGUGAAUUUCCGCAAAAGGCGAUGAAAGUGUGUAUGAAAUGCACCAAGACAAGCAAGUGCAAGCGCUGCACCACUGUUGGAAAGCCCAGCAAGGCUCAGCAGGGCAAAGCGCCGUCCAAGAAGGUUGCGAAUGCCGCGCAGAAAGCGGUCAUGAAGGCCGCAGCGUUGACCAUCCCUGCAUCCCCAGAAGAUGAUGACGCAUACCAUCAGCCUUCACUGCAACAACAGCAGCAACGGUCUCCCUCAUUGGCAUCCAUCGCACCAUCUGACUUUUCCUGGAGCUCCUCCAUGCAGCUGCCGUCGCUUGUCGGGUGCAGCAGAUCGGGGACGGCGAUGGCGCCGGACACGGCGGCUAGCCCAUCUGCCUGGACGUCUUGGAGCAGCGGCGGGCCGGAGAGUGAUAUCAACACGCCUGUCUCCGCCACCUGCUCGUGGGACAUGCCUGCGAUCCAGCGGAUGCGCUCUCAAAGUAACGCGACUACUGCAUCCUCCGCCGAUGUGGCGUCCAGCCUGUUCAGCAGCUUCGCUGACGAGGACUGUGCCGCGGCUCUCUUGAGCCCACUGUGCGAAUUCGCACCAAGCAUGCACGAUAGCCAACAGCAGCAUGAACAGCAGUUGAAGCUUGCCAUGCCAGAAUCAAUACUGGAAAAGCAGGAUAGUGCGUUGACUUUGCACAGCACGCUUAGCAGCUGGCCAAUGUCGUUCGAGUCCACGGUGACGGGGGCAGUCAGCGCAACUGCACACGUCCCUAUGAUGACCAGCCACACUGGCGCGACUGGCUUCCUGCUGGAUUUGACCCUGCAGGACUUCCAAUGGAGUUCUUGCCUCGAUCUCGGAAGCGUCGACACGCCUGGCGCCUACUUUGACGCCGGACGUUCGGUCCACGAUCCGUGCACCGCUAUGGAGGUCAACAUGCUCGCGUCACACUUUGGUGGAGGAAGUAGCAUGUUCCGCGGAUAAUCCAUUUCAGCCACAUUUUCGUCGUUCACCUCUGGGAUCCUUCAUUAUUUAUCCAUAUCAACACACUCAGCAUAUCAAGCCGCCGACACGAGGAACCGGCCCAUCUGCUGCUCCUGCUUCAACCUGCGCUUUUGCCUGUGCAUGCAC